GGGUGGGGACAUGUGCCGGGCCGAGUCGGGCGAGGUGGCGGUGCGGACCCCAGGUGGGGGGCGCGCCCUGCGGCGCUAUUUCCCCGACAGACGCACUGUUACGUUGCUGUCUAGGGGCGAGGGCGGCACGCGUGACCCGGGACAGGGGCCCGAGGGAACUAGUCACCGUCUUCUGGCCUCUUCUUGCCCUAGCCUUCCAGGACACAGGUUCCUGCCCCUCUGCUGUGGCGGGCUAUGGGAGGCCAGAGAUCUGAGGACCCUGGACCCUGGCGUUGGGGUUGAGGACUCUGGUUCAGUUCCCCCGCCCCCGGCUUUUGCUUUUCGCGAGGGGGAGGGGGAGAUGGUCUCCCAGGGCUUCUUGUGGUCCAGACCAUUCCCUUUUCCUGGCUUGGAGGCUCUCAGGCCAUUUCACAUUUGUGACCUUCAUCUACUCCCAAGAACAGGAAAACUCGGAGAAAAACAGUCCCAUCAGAUGUCCCCUUGAUCGAGUCCUCAAAGCUCCAGGAAUAGAACCCAAGAGUCCUAGCUCAACCCAGCCCCUGAAGCACAGUCAAGUCAUUCGCCUUCCCCUAAGCCCUAGACCCCAAAGAUUCAUCCGAGUGGCUGUGUGUGUCCGUGUGUUGGGGGGUGGUGUCUUCAAGGUCCUCCUCGCCUCCCUCAAUCAGCUUUGCCCCCUGGGCGGUCACCUCUCAAGCACUUCCAGGCUCUAACUCGUUUUCUGGGUCGCCCUCUAUCGACCAACAGACGCACUGCGAUACCUGAGUCUAUGGGCAGGGACCAAGCAGGGCUCCUUUUCCAGGGAGCUGCCCCUUUGACUUGGCCUGGUCAUCCACAGAACCUCCCUGGGUUCUGGGUGGGGAGUCGAGCCAGAGACUUUUUUUUUUUUCUUUUUUUGAGACGGAGUCUCGCUCUGUCUCCCAGACUGGAGUGCAGUGGCACAAUCUCGGCUCAAUGGAACCUCCGCCUCCCGGGUUCAAGCAAUUCUUCUGCCUCAGCCUCCUGAGUAGCUGGGGUUACAGGUGUGUGCCACCAUGCCUGGCUAAUUUUUGUAUUUUUAGUAGAGACAGGGUUUCACCGUCUUAGUCAGGGUGGUCUCGAACUCCUGACGUCAUGAUCCGCCUGCCUCGGCCUCCCAAAGUGCUGGGAUUACAGGUGUGAGCCACCACUGCCGGCGAGCCAGAGCUCUUAAGUCAGUACCCACCCCCAGGCCAUCUGGUUUAGGGACCCUGGAUGUCAGAAGAGUGAACUGUCAUGUUUUGGCUAGAAAAGCCUCUUAGAACACGUCUCAGGACAACUCGGUGGUGGCCACUGCGCAGACCAGACUUCGCUCGUUCUCGCACGCCUCGCUCCGCUUUUCCUCCGCAACCAUGUCUGACAAACCCGAUAUGGCUGAGAUUGAGAAAUUCGGUAAGUCGAAACUGAAGAAGACAGAGACGCAAGAGAAAAAUCCACUGCCUUCCAAAGAAACGAUUGAACAGGAGAAGCAAGCAGGCGAAUCGUAAUGAGGCGUGCACCACCAAUAUACAUUGUACAUUCCACAAGUAUUGCCUUCCUAUUUUACUUCUUUUAGCUGUUUAACUUUGUAAGAUGCAAAGAGGUUGGAUCAAGUUUAAAUGACUAUGCUGCCCCUUUC